GCCCGCCCGCCCGCCGCCCGUUCGGCGCGUCAGUCGGCGAGAGUCCGGUGGUGGGUGCGGAGCCUGCGGCCGUUCCCUCGGCCUCUUCCUCCUCCCCGUUCCCCUCACCCCCCUCCCACACCCCUUUCCCCAUCCCGGCUCCGUCACCCUCCCGCCCCCCAUACUCAGGACAAGAAUGCCCUGCCCGGAACAACCUAGCAGCGCCUAGAUGGCUUUGGUCACGGUCCAGCGGUCGCCUACCCCCAGCACCACCUCCAGCCCCUGCGCCUCGAGUUCUCAUUUGGAAGACAGUGAAUCAGCAGUGUUACUUUCCUGUGAAUGUGAAGAAUCAGAUAUCUUUAGUGGUUCCAAUGAGGCAGACAGUGGGGAGGAGGAAUGCCGGUCACAGCCCAGGAGCAUCAGCGAGAGCUUUCUAACUGUCAAAGGUGCUGCCCUUUUUCUACCACGGGGAAAUGGCUCAUCCACACCAAGAAUCAGCCACAGACGCAACAAGCAUGCAGGUGAUCUCCAACAGCAUCUCCAAGCAAUGUUCAUAUUACUGCGCCCAGAAGACAACAUCAGGCUGGCUGUAAGACUAGAAAGUACUUACCAGAAUAGAACACGCUAUAUGGUAGUGGUUUCAACUAAUGGUAGACAAGACACUGAAGAAAGCAUCGUCCUAGGAAUGGAUUUCUCUUCUAAUGACAGCAGCACUUGUACCAUGGGCUUAGUCCUGCCUCUCUGGAGUGACACCCUAAUUCAUUUGGAUGGUGAUGGUGGGUUCAGUGUAUCAACGGAUAACAGAGUGCACAUAUUCAAACCUGUAUCUGUACAGGCAAUGUGGUCUGCAUUACAGAGUUUACACAAGGCUUGUGAGGUGGCCAGAAUGCAUAACUACUAUCCAGGCAGUCUGUUUCUCACCUGGGUGAGUUAUUACGAGAGCCAUAUCAACUCAGAUCAGUCAUCAGUCAAUGAAUGGAAUGCUAUGCAGGAUGUGCAGUCCCACCGGCCCGACUCUCCAGCUCUCUUCACAGACAUACCAACUGAACGUGAGCGAACAGAAAGAUUAAUUAAAACCAAAUUAAGGGAGAUAAUGAUGCAGAAGGAUUUGGAGAAUAUCACAUCCAAAGAGAUACGAACUGAGUUGGAAAUGCAAAUGGUGUGUAACUUGCGAGAAUUCAAGGAAUUUAUAGAUAAUGAAAUGAUAGUGAUCCUUGGUCAGAUGGAUAGUCCUACACAGAUAUUUGAGCAUGUAUUCUUGGGCUCUGAAUGGAAUGCCUCAAAUUUAGAGGAUUUACAAAACCGAGGGGUGCGCUAUAUCUUGAAUGUCACUCGAGAGAUAGAUAACUUCUUCCCAGGAGUCUUUGAGUAUCAUAACAUCCGCGUAUAUGACGAAGAGGCAACGGAUCUCCUGGCUUACUGGAAUGACACUUACAAAUUCAUCUCUAAAGCAAAGAAACAUGGAUCUAAAUGCCUUGUGCACUGCAAAAUGGGGGUGAGUCGCUCAGCCUCCACUGUGAUUGCCUACGCAAUGAAGGAAUAUGGCUGGAAUCUGGACCGAGCCUAUGACUACGUGAAGGAAAGGCGAACAGUGACCAAGCCCAACCCCAGCUUCAUGAGACAACUGGAAGAGUACCAGGGCAUCUUGCUGGCCAGCAAACAGCGACAUAACAAGCUCUGGAGAUCUCAUUCAGAUAGCGACCUCUCAGACCACCACGAACCUAUCUGCAAACCAGGGCUAGAACUCAACAAGAAGGAGAUCACCACCUCAGCAGACCAGAUUGCCGAGGUGAAGACCAUGGAGAGUCACCCACCCAUACCUCCCGUCUUUGUGGAACAUGUUGUCCCACAAGAUGAAAAUCAGAAGGGCCUGUGUACCAAAGAAAGAAUGAUCUGCUUGGAGUUUACUUCUAGGGAAUUUCAUGCUGGACAGAUUGAAGAUGAAUUAAACCUAAAUGACAUCAAUGGAUGCUCAUCAGGGUGUUGUCUCAAUGAAUCAAAAUUCCCUCUUGACAACUGCCAUGCAUCCAAAGCCUUAAUCCAACCUGGACAGGCCCCAGAAAUUGCCAACAAGUUCCCAGACUUAACAGUGGAAGAUCUGGAGACAGAUGCGCUGAAAACAGAUGUGAACGUCCACUUACUGCCUCUGGAAGAAUUGACAUCUCGCCUGAAAGACCUUCCCAUGUCCCCUGAUCCUGAAUCACCGAGCCCCCAACCCACUUGCCAGGCUGAAGUCUCAGAUUUCAGUACAGAUCGCAUUGAUUUUUUUAGCGCCCUAGAGAAGUUUGUAGAGCUUUCCCAAGAAACCCGGUCUCGAUCUUUUUCUCACUCAAGGAUGGAAGAACUGGGUGGAGGAAGGGGUGAGACCUGUCGACUCUCAGUGGUAGAAGUAACCCCUUCUGAAGUGACAGCCGACGACCAGAGAAGCAGCUCUUUGAGUAAUACUCCCCAUGCAUCUGAAGAAUCUUCAAUAGAUGAGGAACAGUCAAAGGCAAUCUCAGAGCUGGUCAGCCCAGAUAUCUUCAUGCAAUCUCACUCAGAAAAUGCAAUUUCAGUCAAAGAAAUCGUCACUGAGAUCGAAUCCAUCAGUCAAGGAGUUGGACAGAUUCAACUGAAAGGAGACAUCCUAUCCAACCCAUGCCAUACACCAAAGAAGCACACCAUCCAUGAGCUGCCCCUGGAGAGGGCCCAGGCCCUGGAGAACAAACCUGGAAAUCUGGAGCAGAAUGAAGGUUCCUACACAGCCCAGCCUGAACUAGCCAAAGACUCAGGGAAAUGGGACCUAGAAGGCUGCCUGACUACACACUCAUUCACCACAGAGUUGGAAGAAGAAGAACCAGCUGAGGAGGAACAAGAACUCUGGGGCCCAGGGAUGCACCCGGGUGCCAAGUGGUGCCCUGGGUCUGUGAGGCGAGCCACCUUGGAGUUUGAAGAACGCUUGCGACAGGAGCAAGAGCACCAUGGUGCUGCCCCUGGUUGUACCUCAUUGUCCAUCCGCAAGAAUUCCAAGAAUGAGUCUUCUGUGGCAGACCUAGCACCAAAAGGGAAGAGUGAUGAAGCUACCCUAGAACAUUCUUUUGUCCCCAAGGAACCAGAGAUUAACAAGGGCAAAGGGAAAUGCAGUGGGUCUGAGGCUGGCCUGCUGCCCCAUUCCGAGCAAAAUGCCAUUGUUCCAGCACCUGAGCCGCUGGAGUUUCAAGAGUACCCAGGGUCAGAUAUUAGAACAAAGCUGGAAGGAGUCCUGAAGGAUCCGAGGACUGUGGUUUCAUGCCAGGGAUCUGAGACACAGUCGGUCCCUCUUUCCCUUCCCAAGAAGAUCGAAAUCAUUAUGUCACCCAGUCACACUGAGCAAGGGGGUGAAAGAGCCACCAGCGAAAAGAGUGGGGAGCAAGGACUGAGGAGCGUGAAAAGGGAGAAUUCCAUCACCGUCCUCUGUACACUGGAUGAAAAUCUGAACAGGACUCUGGGCCCCGACCAGCCUGCUCUACACCCCACACUGCUACCUCUGCCUCAUUCUUCCUCUCCUGAGCACGACAGUCCCACCAACCUGACCUCUACCCUGAGCAGCCCUGAAGACUGGAACAACAGCCUGUCAGUGGCACUGGAGACAGGAACACCUUUUGUCAGUCACACAACCCAUGUACCGUCUGCCAACUUGGAUUACGCACAUUCCCGGACCAUAGUUCACCUGGAAGGCUUCACAGAGCAAAGCAGCACCACAGACAACGAGCCGUCUUUGGAGCAGGGCGGCUGGGAAGAAGGUCUGGACGGUGCACUCUCCAGUGGCAGUGAAGUGCCGUAUGAGGGCUCUCUGUUAAGGAGUGAAGACCUAAGCAAACUUGGUGAUAAUAUUGGGGAGUUACAAGAAAAACUGGACCCAUUACCUGCAGCCUGUCAACCCCCACAUAGCUCUAGUAGUGACAGUAUGAAGAGUGUCAGCCAUAGCCUCAGUGUGGUGAAAGAGCGCACUAAAGACAUCGAGUCCCGAGCAAUCUGCCAGGCAGGACUCACCAAAACAGCCCAAAUGCGGCAUUCAGCUUCCCUUGCCAAGUUAGGUUACUUGGACCUCUGUAAAGACUGUUUAUCAGAUAGAGAGCCUGUCUCCUCUGAGCCCUCUCAUCUCAAACUGCUUCAGCCCUUCAUCAGAACAGACUCAGGCAUGCAUGCCAUGGAGGCCCAGGAGUCCUCAGAAAACCCAGAUGCCCCCCAGAACCUAGAGCCCACCAAGUAUUUUAUAGAGCAACUCAAAACAACAGAGUGUAUUGCUCAGAGCAAGCCAGUGGAGAAGCCUAUCGUACAGUAUGCCAAAGAAUUUGGUUACGGUCAGCAGUGUUUGCUCCCCAGGGCAGAACCCAAAUUGACUAGUUCUGAAGGAGGCCUUCCUUUGCUACAACCCCAGGGACUUCAGCGUGCAGGCCUGGCUCCCGGGCUGGCUGUGGCGCCCCGUCAGCAGCACGGCAGAACUCACCCCCUUAGGAGACUGAAAAAAGCAAAUGAUAAAAAACGGACAACCAACCCCUUCUAUAAUACCAUGUGAUUCUGAGCCUACACAUGUGACUUUCUAAAAGAAAUGUUUGUAAAAGGGGCAGGUGUAAUAUGUAAAGAACAUGCACUUUAUUGGUUAAUUUUAUAAUAUUUUGGUCAUUUUACUGUUCCUGGCGCAUGCAGGGUUAGGGUUUUUUUCUCUGUGUAUGUGUGCGUGAGAGAUUGAUUUGGACAGCAAGACCAUUUUAUCAUUUUUUUAUUUUUCGAAAAAUCAAACCUCAAAAAAUACUCAUUUUCAAAGAGCACCUUUAUCAAAGGCAAAUUGCUGUUUUUCAAUCAGCUCCCAUCGGCUCCUCAUUUUUGCCCUCUGAGAAGAAGCACUCUUGCUUGCUUGCUUGCUUGCUUGCUUGCUUGCUUGCUUGCUUGCUUGCAGAAGGAAGCAGAUGGGGAGGGUGGGGAGGAAGCUGGGAAUUGGAAAUGCUCCUCUUCCCCUGGGCCUGUGUGAUGAUGGUUUGGUCUUCAGACCCAAAGCCUGAGAUUGGGCCGAAGGGCAGCCACAAGUCUCUGAGCCUUGGGCCCCCGCCCACCAGGAAUUCCCCAAGUUGGCAAAUUCCGCUGUGCUUUCGAAGGGGUCUUCCAGAAUCCACUUCUUCUGGUAUUCCAGAGUAUAUCAUCACAGAAAGGCACAAUAGUGGCUGGCUUUGUAAACUUAGCAAGCAAAUAGGGUUUUUCCCCCCAAACACAUAAUUUUUAAAUUCAAAGUGAACCCCAAAUGAAACCCGAGGGGUCCUGUGUAGAGGAACGCAUACGAGAAGGAGGAGGCGCAGUCUGGAGAGGCUGGAUCAGUGGGCUCCACGUAGGUGGUCAUCCUGGCCCUCCCUGCCAGGACAUGCAAGAUCCUUUCAACCAAAACGUAAUAGGGACAGGUUUGAAAAACAGCAAUUGAAAGUCAGUGUGUUCUUGUAAAAUGAAUACAUUACAUAGGGUUUUAACACUUCCAUUACUUGAAUAAUUCUGUGGGCCUUCUGAGUUUAAUGGCCAUAUUUUUUUCCAGUUUACUUUCCUCCUUCAUGCUGUUUCUUCAAUGCUGCCUUUUUUUUUUUAAUUUCAUAGAUGAUAUUUGAAUUGUUACAUUACCUAUGUAUAACCUCCAUUGAAUGCAAAGUUUUCUUACCAAUGUUAUCACUGUUAACACUUGACAUGGGUUGUUGUUUUUUUUUAUUUUCCUGAAAGAUUUGUCAUUUCUCUAGCUUAUACACAGUAUUUAUGUACAUAAUGUUGUCACUUUCUUACAGUGUUUUGUUGUUGAUGUCGUAGGAUCUUUUUGAUUUAUUCUUUUUAAGAAGAAGUAAAGCUGCAACUGGAGAAAACACACAGCACAGAAAUAAAACUGAUGGGUGUUGGUAGGAAUCUGCAGAAUAUGUUGAUGGUGGUUUUAAUUGUUUAAAUGGAGACUUCUAAUCGCCAGCUCCUGCCAAAUUAUGUGUUAGUAACUUCCUCCUCAGAGAAACCCCUAAAGGCUCCCAUUAGAUCACAGUUUGACUGAAGUCUGAUUUCUCUUUGAGACUGAAAUCCCAGGGUAGGUUGUUUGCCAGUAGCUGAACCACAGCCAAGGAGUCUGUGAGUGUUACUGCUGGCCCAGGGUGGAAGCUUCUCAUGUGGAUUGGGCUGAAAAGUUGUGGGGAGGACCCCCCCCCCCCCCCCCCCCCGCCAAGGGCAGGCACCCAUUAUGACUCCAUUUAGGAUGCCGUUGCUUUGCUGCUAUUGUGGAGAUCCUUAACACAGGAGCACUUGCCAUAAACAAGCUUAUUUCAGCUGCUUACAAGAAGCAUUUAGCCUGGAAUGAAACACCCUCUGCAGCUCAUCAGAACUGAAGAGGUUUGCACAUUUGCUUCUGUUGGCUCUGGUUGAUGUCCACCUUGCUGAGAGAUUGACCAAGUACAGAGUUGAGUUUUGGUUUUUUGGUUCAUCACAGCACUGAGAGGAAAAGGUGGAUACCUAGACUGUCAAGGGAAUGUCAGAGGCUGGAGUUUGGUGGGGGCAGGUAGCAGGGUGACCUGCUACAGAGAGGUGGACUGAGGCCAUUCACAGAUGCUCCAGGGGAACUGUGAAUCCAGUCGCUGUGUGGAAGCCAUGGUUGGGUCUGACAUCGCUGCCAGGAGGUGGAUUGGACAGAAGCCUCCCGCUCUAGUGUCUUUAUGAUGUAGUAAUUUUGUGUACCUGUGCUGUCCCUAAAUAGUUUCCUUACAUGUUCACAUGUAUCAUCCACAUGGCUUUGUGGUUCCUGGAUAUUUAAUAUGUUAUGAAGUGUUUUUUUAGGUGGUAUGUACCAGUGUGAGGAGGCUUGCAAGACAGGGUUAUGAAUUUCCAGGGCUCAUCCAUCUAAACGGCCCUGUCUUGUUGAGGCACUUCCACCACCGCCAUUAUUGAUGGAGAAAAGACAGAAAGUUGUGGUGGGGUGAGAGGUGAAGAGAGUGGUGCCCGCUCAUUAACCCUUUGAAAUGGUGACAUCCCUCACAUUAAGUACAAGCAGGAUCAACAGUAUUGCACUGUUCUCUCUACUCCCCUGCAGUCAUGCUGAACGCUCACUAUCCCUGCAUUAAGUAAGAACAAAGAUGGGGAAGAGAUCCUCUAAUGCUGUGAAGAUGUCUUUUUAGAAAAGGAAAAGGAAAUAGUCUUGCUCUGCCUUCCUUUUUUUUUUUUUUUUUUUUUUAAUCAUUUAAUUUACCUGCUUAAAUAAACAUCUUCUACACAGGGCCUGUAAGUCAACCUUGCCAUGGGGUUUUGCCAGCCCUCUCAAAACUCCCACAACUGAGUGUUCUUGUGUUAUUUGCAUAGCUGAGCGAGGUCCAGGGGAAGUACAUGAUGAGCGCUCUCAAGGACUUCUCGGACUUUCUUGUCUUCAAACUUUCUGAUAGUCUUGGGUGGCCUAUUUCUCUUUUCCAUUCAUGGAAAACUCAGACCUGGAACAGCAGGUCUGGUAGAUGGACAGGAGUAGGAAAAGUCUUGACCUCUUGCUCUCUUUAUUUUGAAAGCCACCAUAGUCUGGCUCUCAAGUUACUCUGGAGGAGAGAGUAAGUGUAUAUGUGCAUGCACACGUGCAAAUAUAAAAUAACAUUUUGGUGCAGGGGGUAAAAGCCCCAGGAGCACACUUUAGAGCUGUAAUCUGGAGGGUUACCUGGUCAGUAGGAAGGAGAGAAACCCCAACCCGUUCUGGAUUUUAGAAACACUUAGGAGUGGUAUAUACUAUAGUAGAACUAUAGUACUGUAGUGGAGUAAUCAUCAUCUCCUCAUUUUGGUUGCCUUUCAGAUUCUUAAUGUUCAGGAUCAUUCUUAGCAUCCCGGGCUCUUCAGGCUCUUUAUCAUUUUCCUGAUUCUAUACCUUUAUCCCAAUUCUUUCUCAUGUGGGGAACUACCAAGCACUCCAAGGACAGCCUGAGGAAGACAGCCCAGGCUCUGAGGUCCCCUCCUGCUGAAAGGCCCCAGACAGUUACUUUUGGAUAGACCUGAAGUUUCUGAGACAGCAGCUCACAGAAAUCUUCACCCGUUCCAUCUGAGGAUUUCAGUUUAAAGUGAUCUAAGCAUGUUUGGUAAAGAUGUUUUUGUGGGAGUUGUUUUCUUUUAAGAAAGCAUUAUGCAAAGAGGGUCACUUUUAAGGGCAUUGAAAAAUUUUUUAAAUAAAGCCAUUCUUUGGCUCUUUUUGACAACUAUUUGUGGAUACUUUGUUUACGUUGUGAUAAUUAAAACAUGCAUCAUCUUGAUAGCCACUCAGUAUCCUCCUCCAGGCACCCAGCCCUGGCUGUCCUGUGAGUCCUCACACAAACCAAGGCCAGAGUGGUCAGCCCACUGGUUGGUACAUGGGGAGGACCUGGAGCUAAUUUUUCCAUCUGUGUCCCACACUCCUGUUUAACACUCUGUAUGGAAAUCGUCAUUUCCUCAGUCGGUGAUAGUGUGUCUUACAGUGAUGGUUAUAACAGUGAAUGGCUAGUGUCAUUUUUGUCCAGUUUUGUUUUGCCUUUUUUUUUUUUUUUUUUUUUUUUUUUUGAUGGUAGGUGAAGUUGUAGCUCUUUCAGCACCAGUCCAACUUGAAAGUAUCUUGGACCUUGUUUUCCCUUCCAGACUAAAAGGUCAAGGCAUGUAUUAGGCAUAAAUGUAUUUGCUGCCUCAACUCCUCUAACACCCACAUUAGGAAAAGCCUGCCACCAGAGCAGGAAGCUGCACACUCCUAACCCUGUCCCAGGGCUUUGGGGUUCCUUGAUGCCAUGGAGAGCUAUUGCAAGGUGCUUCUGUACUUUUCCAGCCUGGAAGUGGAGGGUGACCGGGCCUGGCUCCUGCUAUGAAAAGAAAACCAGCCUCACUUUCUCAGUGCCCCAGAGAUCUAGGACAGGAUUUCUAAACUGGAAUCAUCCCUUAUUGGCUUCAAGAUGCCUCAGAGGGUAUAUGACUAGUGCUGCCAUCUGUGUCCUCACAGCGACACUGGUGGCAGUGUCCUCUACACAUGCAGAGCUAAUACCCAGGGCUUACUUCAAGCUGAUGACCCAAUCUGGAAACUGGGUAACUGGCCCUGAAAUGAUUCUCAAUCAACAGGCCCACAGGGAAUUGUUUGGUUUUUAUGUUUUAUUGGAUUUUGGUUUGCCUGGCAUAGCUUGAGGUGCCUUUUUUUUUCUCUUUCUUUGUACUUUAUUUGGUAGGACUUGUUUUAAAUGUAGGAAAUAAGUCCAAAAGACUCUCCCACUGACUGUUACCUUUGCCCCAGGCCAGUCCAAACUUUUAUGCUCACAUUUUAUUAAAUAAAGCAGGUGCUCCCUGGAAUCUCUGGGACCUUUCUGAGGCAUUUGAAGCAGAAUAUAGAGUGGUCUCAUCUCCUUCCUUAAUCUUCCUGGUGGUUGGGAUGUUCCACUUGUACUAUAGAUUUUUUUUAUUACUGAUGUGCUCUGCUGUUUUUAAAUGUGAACUUGUGCGCAAAUGUGCAGAUUCAAUGUUCUUGUUACAGAUUAAAUAAAUUUUUAUUUUGAAGAUGAAA